AUGAGCUCGCCGGUUAACCGGUUUACUAGAAAAAAAGUCGCCAUUGUCGGCAGCGGCUGUUCCGGCAUCGCAGCUCUCUGGGCGCUCAACCGCACCUAUCACGAUGUCCACCUGUACGAGGCGGCCGAUCGCCUAGGCGGCCACACAAACACGGUGCAAUGGAGCGCCGGAAAGUUUAAGACGGCCGUUGACACUGGCUUCAUCGUCCUGAACACGGCUACAUACCCCAACUUCAUCAACUUCCUCAGCAAAGUCGGCGUAGAGACGGAGCCUACAGAAAUGACCUUUGGCGUCUCGCGCGAUCAUGGCGCCUUUGAAUGGGCUGGUACGAACCUCGGCGCCGUCUUUGCGCAGCGCCGCCGCCUCUUCUCACCGCGCAUGUGGCGCAUGCUCUUUGACAUUAUACGCUUCAACCAAUUCGCCCUCGACCUCCUCACUAAUGCCACCGACGACGAUGACGACGACGAUACCGCGUCCUCCUCCCGCUUCUCCGCCCGCCGCGCGGACGGCGACGAGACCAUUGGCGCCUACCUCGCCCGCGAGGGCUACUCGGACGCCUUUCGCGAUGACUAUCUGCUGCCCAUGGCUGCUGCCGUCUGGAGCACCGGCCCGGACAAGUGCGGCCUCGAUUUCCCCGCCGUAGCCAUGGUACGAUUCAUGUGGAACCACCACCUGCUGUCCACCGUCUCGGCGCGGCCGCAGUGGCUCACCAUCAAGGAGGGCGCCCAAGCCUACAUCAACGCCGUCAUGCGCGGCUUCCCGCCCAACCACCUGCACCUCAAGACGGCCGUGCGCCAGGUCGCCAACAGCGACGACGGCCGCGUGCUGCUACACAUGGAGGAUGGCCGCACCGAAGCCUUUGACCACGUCGUCCUCGCCACGCACGGCGAUCAGGCGCUCGCGCUGCUCGGGCCGUCGGCCACCGAUGCCGAGCGCUCCGUCCUCUCGUGCUUCCAAACGUCCCAAAACGAGGCCGUGCUGCACUCGGACCUAAACUUCUUGCCGCGUAGCACGCGCGCGUGGGCCGCCUGGAACUACCUGACACUGUCGUCACCCGCCAGCGGCAAGGCCAACAUUGACAAGGUGUCCCUGACCUACAACAUGAAUCUGCUGCAACACAUCCCGCGCGAACCCUUUGGCGAUGUCCUCGUCACGCUCAACCCGCUUCAGCGCCCGCGCCCCGCCACGGUCCAGGGCCGCUUCUUCUACUCACACCCGCUCUACACGCCCGCCGCGUUCCGCGCCCAGCGCCAGCUCCCCCGCAUCCAGAACAAGCGCGGCAUCAGCUACGCCGGCGCCUGGACCAACUACGGAUUCCAUGAAGACGGCUUCAGCAGCGGCCUCGCCGUCGCGCAGGACCACCUCGGCGCCAAGCUGCCCUUUACGUUCAAGGACUCGACCUACAGCAGGGGCCGGAAACCGCAGCUCGGCUUGGCGGAUUACGUCUUGCGUUUCUUCAUCCUUCUCGUCCAGCUCUUCAUUGUAUUGACUUUUGAUCGGUUUUCCUCUGUUGGUAACAGACGGAGCGUGCUGAACGGCACUGCCAAAGCCUGCCAGAAGAAGCGCAACUAG